AUGGUGCCAGGCGGCGGUCCCAGCGAGAAGCUGCCUGCACGCAGGCAAGUGUCCUCCCUUGUCCCUGUGCCCACCUCCUUUGGCCCUAGCCGCCGCUGCCAUAGAUCCCAACUCCUGCACUCUGGAGCCUCCUGUCCUCCGGUAUCCUCUGGCCCCUCUCACCAGCUGGUCUCCACAGAGCCUGCAGUGCCCUUCAAGAGGCGGCUGCAGGACCUGGAGGUGCGGGAGAAGGAGUCUGCCACGUUCCAGUGCGAGGUGCCGCAGCCCACCACCGAAACUGCAUGGUUCAAGGAGGAGACGCGGCUGUGGGUGAGCACCAAGCCCCCAUUAGUGACCUUGGCCCAUCUUUUGCUAGCCACCAGGAGGCCACCUCUCCACCCCCCUGUGGACCCUGUGGUGAAGGACAGAACGGAGAGUUCUGUGACCCUUGGCUGGUAUCCACCACCCCCAGGGGACCACCCUGUGACCAUUGAUGGCUACCUGGUGGAGAAGCGGCGACUGGGUACCUACAUCUGGAGCUGGUGCCACAAGAAUGAGUGGGUGGAAACACCUGAGCUCACCAUCACAGGUGUGACUGAGGAGGGUGACUUCCAGUUCAGGGUGUCAACUGUCAACAGCCUUGGCCAGAGUCCAUACCUGGAGUUCCCGGGGACCGUCCACCUGGGUAACCCCCAGCUGGCCGUGAGGAUGCCCCUGAAGGCAGUGGCAGCAGUGGAGGGUGGAGAAGUCACCUUCUCUGUGGACCUUACUGUGGCCUCUGCUGGUGAAUGGUUCCUGGACAGGGUGGCUCUGAAGGCCAGCCACACGUAUGUGAUCCGCUGUGAUCGCACCCGGCAUACUCUCACCAUCCGAGAGGUGCCUGCCAGCCUGCACGGGUCACAGCUCAACUUUGUGGGUGAUGGCAUUGAAAGCAGCAUUCGGAUGGAGGUCCGUCUGAGACCAGGAAGGCUCCUGUGCAAGCCACCAGCGGUAGCCACUCGUGAGGUGCUGGCCCGGCUGCACGAGGAGGCUCAGCUGCUGCCUGAGCUGUCGGACCAGGCUGCAGCUGUGACGUGGCUGAAAGAUGGCCUUGUGUUACCUCCUGGCCCCAGGUACAAGGAACAGGCUUCAGCUGGGUGGCGGGCACUGCUGGUGCGAGACGACGUGGGGAAGGAUGACGCUGGCCUCAAUGAGUGUGUCAGCAGGAGCCGUGAUGCCUACCAACUGUCUGUGCAAGGCCUCACGCCCUUCCUACGCAAAAACACAGUAGGCGGCUGUGUGGAUGCUGAGGUGAGGGGCCCGGCGAGGUUUGUAUGUGAGACCGUGGAUGCCCACGUCCCCGUGUGCUGGUUUAAAGAUGGCAAGGAGCUGGGUGGCUCCUGCCAGCGCUUCUCUCAGUAGGACAUGAGGACCUGGCAUCGGCUAGUAGUGGCCUUGGUCAGCAGGCAGAAUGAGGGCACCUACUCCUGCCAUGUGUGUGAGGACUCUGUGGACUUCCACCUACGGGUCUCUGAGCCCAAGGCUGUGUUUGCCAAGGGACAGCUGACACACAGUGAGGUGAAGGCCCAGGCAAGGACAAGUGCCACUCUGAGCUGCGAGGUGGCCCAGGCCCAGACAGAGGUGACAUGGUACAAGGAUGAGAAGAAGCUGAGCCAGAGCUCCCAGGUGCACGUGGAGGCCUCUGGCUGUAGGCAGCAGCUGGUGGUGCAGCAGGCAGCCAAGGCGGAUGCUGGGGAGUACAGCUUGGAGGCCGGGGGCCAGAGGGUCUCCUUCUGCCUGGAUGAGUCCAAGGCUGUGUUUGCCAAGGGGGAGCCAGCACACAGUGAGGUGAAGGCCCAGACGGGGGCCAGCACCACCCUGAGCUGCAAGGUGGCUCAGGCCCAGACAGAGAUGACGUGGUACAAGUUUGGGAAUAAGCUGAGCCAGAGCUCCCACGUGUGCUUGGAGGCCUCUGGCUGCAGGUGGCAGCUGGUGGUGCAGCAGGCAGGCAAGGCGGAUGCUGGGGAGUACAGCUGGGAAGCCGGGGGCCAGAAGGUCUCCUUCCGCCUGGACAUCACAGAGCCCAAGGCUGUGUUUGCCAAGGGGCAGCUGGCAUGCAGCGAGGUGAAGGUCCAGGCGGGGGCGAGUGCCACUCUGAGCUAUGAGGUGGCCCAGGCCCAGACAGAGGUGAUGUGGUACAAGGAUGGGAAGAAGCUGAGCCAGAGCUCCCAGGUGCGUGUGGAGGCCUCUGGCUACAGGCAGCAGCUGGUGGUGCAGCAGGCAGGCAAGGCAGAUGAUGGGGAGGACAGCUGCGAGGCCAGAGGCCAUAAGGUCUCCUUCCGCCUGGACGUCACAGAGCUUAAGGCUGUGUUUGCCAAGGGGUAGCCAGCACACAGUGAGAGGAAGCCCCAGGCAGUGGCCUGCACCACUCUGAGCUGCGAGGUGGCCCAGUCCCUGACAGAGGUGACGUGGUACAAGGAUGGGAAAAAGCUGAGCCAGAGCUCCUGGGUGUGCGUGGAGUCCUCUGGCCGCAGGCGGCAGCUGGUGGUACAGCAGGCGGGCAAGACGGACACUGAGUACAGCUGGGAGGCUGGGGGCCAAAGAGUCUCCUUCCAUCUGGAUGUCACAGAGCCCAAGGUGGUGUUUGCUAAAGAGCAGCUGGCACACACCGAGGUGAAGGCCGAGGCGGGGGCAAGGCGGACGCCAGGGUACAGCUUGCCCAAGGCUGUAUUUGCCAAGGGGCAGCAGAGCUCCCAGAUGUGCGUGGAGUCCUCUGGCUGCAGGUGGCAACUGGUGGUGCAGCAGGCGGGCAAGGUGGACGCCGGGGAGUACAGCUGCGAGGCCGGGGGCCAGAAGGUCUCCUUCUGCCUGGACCUCACAGCCCAGAGCAUCCCACAGCAGGACACAGCAGGACACAGCAGCUCAGAGCAGCACACAGUAGCCCAGAAUAGCCCACAGCAGCCCAGAGAAGUCCAUAUCAAGACACAGCAGGACACAGCAGCCCAGAACAGCCCAGAGCAGCCCGAAGCAGCCCACAGCAGCCCCGAGCAGAACACAGCAGCCCAGAGCAGGACACAGCAUCCUACAGCAGCCCAGAGCAAGACACCACAGCCCAGAGCAGGACACAGCAGUUCACAGCAGGACACAGCAGCCCAGAGCAAGACACAGCAGCCCAGAGCAGGACACAGCAACCCACAGCAGGACACAGCAGCCCACAGCAGCCCAGAGCAGGACACAGCAGAACACAGGAGCCACGAGUAG